AUUGAUUACACCACUUCUGUAAUGUGUAUUGCAACGCUUAUGAGCUCCAAGUGCUAGUAAAAUUGUAUGGUACAAAUACGCUGGUUGAUAUCUUGGAAUUAGGGAGUUCACUGAGCUGUGGAUGAUGUGUUUGUUUUCACUGAAUGAAGAGUAGUUGGUUUGUAUGCACAUCACGCCGUUUGUCUUGUGUGUAUAGCAGCAGUGUGAAAAGAGUGUGAUGCGUCUGCACACAUGUGAAAACAAAGUACUGUGACAAUGUGGACCUGCAGAAAAUGCGGAAAGCCCGUAUAUUUCGCCGAAAGAAAAACGUCUAUGGGAUAUGAGUGGCACCCAGAAUGUCUGAGAUGUGAAGAAUGUGGGAAGAGGUUGAAUCCAGGCCAGCAUGCUGAGCACAAAGCUGUCCCAUACUGCCAUGUGCCUUGCUACAGUGUCCUUUUUGGCCCCACCUUGUUCGGCCAUGGGUCCCAAGUAGAGGCACAUACUAGUUUUGGCAAAGGAGGAAAUAAUCAUCGUCAAAGCAUAUCCUCUGUGCCAAGGUCUCACUUGGAAGGAAAGCUCAAGCAGUACAACCAAUUUUACGAAGGCAAAAGCGGCAUUAUUCAAAGUCGACUAAGGAAUGGACGCCUCAUUCUGGAGGGCUCUAUAAGGAUCUACUGGGGCGUGAAUCGUGUGAUCAGACUGAAAGAAGAACAUGAUGACCGCAUCACCGUGCGGAGGAGGAGGAGCUCCCUGCGGCUCAGCAGGGUCUCUACAGAGAUAAAGGAAGCAGAGUCUCCCGACGAGAUUGCAGCCGACAGCACGACGAGUGCACCCGUAACGCCCAAUUCACCAGAACCUGUUGAUAGGAUCAAAGAAGAUGGAGAGGGUGGAGAUGCGGAGAGCGGCGCUUGUGACAUUGGACGUACCUACAGGACAUUGCCCAACCCCGGAAAGAGAAGCCUCCAGUCAUUACUGAACAGCGACGGUAACGGAACCGCACACCUUGACAAACAAUCGGACGUGGGUGCCGCGGACUUCGACAGUGUGACGCUGCGCAACAAGCGGCGGUCGUCGAGGGUCAAGCUUCGUAGGCGAUGCUCUAUCAACGGACACUUUUAUAACAGAGAGACGAGCGUGUUCACCCCUGCCUAUGCAAGUGUGACCAGCGUGUGGGUUACGAGCCUCGUCAAUGCCCCCGAGGUCAUCAAUCAACUCCUGGACAAGUUCAAAGUUGAAAAUCCUCCACAAGAAUUUGCACUCUAUGUCGUUCGAGAUACUGGAGAAAGACGGCUUAUGCAAGAUGAUGAGUACCCUCUUCUUGUCCGGGUCAUGCUGGGGGCAGACGAAGACGUUGCAAAAAUUUUCAUAAUGAACAGAGGGAAAACAAACGAAAUUCCUUACGAAGUCGCUCAAUACUUGAACUUCAGUGAUGUGGAACUGUCCGCAUUCAUACAGAAGUUCCAUGAGGAAGAGGACAAAGAAAUCGAGAAAAUCAAAAAGAAGUUUGACACCAUGCGCCGUAAAAUGCAGACAAGAAUGAUUGAACUGAAGGCCAUACCAGUUAAAAUUGUCUCCUAGGAUUUGGCAUGACCAUAUCCUGUGCUGUUCCUACAAAAUAUCAUGCCAAAGCUUCAAAUAUUUUUUCUGCAGCAGAGUUUUGCAGCAUGAAGAUGUCUACGGGUGGUAUCCACUGUGUAGCCCUUGACUGCUGCAGAAAAUUUGCACAAUGUGCUGUUGUUAAGGUGUGCAGUUUUAUAUGUGAUCUUUAGUUAGUGAUAUCCAUUGCUAGCGUGUUCUAGAUGUUUCAUCUGCAUGGAGGACUUAAUAAUGCAAAAAAAAAGUUCACAAUUUUGGCAACCUAACUUUCUAAAUUGCAAAAAGGUGGCACAAUUGUGCAUAUAACAAUAUUGAUGGAUAGGACCUCGAAGUUUGUACAGAAGCCUUUCACUCAACGCUGCGCAUUACCGUUGCUGUCAGUACCAGAGAGGUCUCAUCGUACCAACCUCUGUGACAUGAAUGAUGUGGAUGAAUCAUGUUACCAUGACUUCCAAAACAAAUAUUUGUUUUGUAGCUUGGCUGGAUUUUUAUUUUUUACUGCAACAUCGUUCUUUUUCUUUUGGGACCUCUGUUGUUGGCUAACAGGUAGCGCAAACUUUGGCCCUGGUCCGGUCCCUGUUGAGCAUAGCACGUUAUUUCAUGUGGGAAUGAACAUGGUUAUUUGAAAUUACUUUUUUAUAUCGAGAUUCACCUACCAUGAAGAACUGGACUAAGAUGAAAUGUGUUAUAUAGGUAGUUUUACACUUCUGAUAAUCAUGUCCCAUUAUAUUACCUGGGUUGUGUUAUAUACCUUUCAAAGCCAAACAUUUGUAGUAUCGGAAAUAUCGUUUGGCUAGAUUCUUUAAUAGCAGAUCUUCAUAGAACAACUAAAUGUGAACAGAUACGUCACUACCUACAUAGAUAAUACUCAGGACUGUGCGAUCAAUAUCUAUGCAAAAUAUAGGUAUUUGAAUUUUUUUAAAACUCGUGCUAAAGAAUGUAGCACUGGCAACCCUCUACAUCUAACCUUGUGGUUAGAUUCCAAUUGAAGGCUUACGGGCAAUAAUGGUAUGAGUACAAUGGAAUCCCAUUAAAUGUACAAUUAUUGCCAGUAAGCUUUCAAUUGUGCUGCCACUUUAGGGAUAGCAAUAUAAGGAAAAGUGGUCCUCUCUGACUGUAAUAAGAUUAUGCAAUUGUAAUAAGAGUUGUGCAGUUGUUCGAUGUCGUGAACAAAAACUUCGAUAAUGUAUGUGUAAUGUCACCACCUGGUUGUUUCUUUAUUUUUAUUAGCUUAGCUCUAAAAAUCUGUUGCAUGUGUGGGGGUCAUUUUGCACAUGCCGGCUUUCAAGGGACCUUUGUUUCCCAAGAAUGGCAGCUUCAUGUGCACAAUAGCAACCUUCACCAAACAUCAACUAACUGAGCUUUGAAAGCUUGGAAAAAGCUUUUGGUUCUCCUUAACCCUGCAGAUGAUACUCCGGAUGCAAGGGUGAACGGUGUCGGUACGCAGUCACACCAAUCAAACACAUUGAUUGCAUGAUGUAAAAGCAAUAAUUGCACUUAUGUGUGCCCUCUUCCAACCAUAAAUUCUGGGUUAUGGUAGGUUAGCUGCCACAUUGUAGGAAAGCCCCGACUUUCUUACUUUUUUCAUUGACUCGCGGCACAGUCUUGAUGAUUGCUAUGCAAAAGAUCUCUGCACAAGAACUCUGAAGAAGGUGUCCGUGUUAGAUUGGUAUGUGUGAGAUGACCCAAAGGAAGCCAGCUUUCGAUGUUUAUACUCUUUCUUUGUGUAAAGUGUGAAACUAUAGGCAUAUUGCAGAUAUACUGAAAUUUAAAUAAUCUCUUGUAUAACAGAAUCUGCAAAGUAAUCGUCAAGAUAAGGAAAGUGGAUGUGUGUUAUUGGAUUGCACAUAACUCAAGCAAGACUCGGUACCAAUGACGAUGACUUUUUGCACACAAAAUCCAUGCAAACUCUGCACAGAUAGGAUUUGCAGGUGAUUGGAGAAUGAGAAAUGACAAGGAAGGCUAACCAUGCAUAAUUAUAGUAACUGACAGUAAGAAAAUCUAGUGAUCUGCAGGAAUGGGUCACAAGCAGAGGACCAAUAGUUCAGACAGAACACUAUCCUACUGGGCCCAGUAGAAGAGCAAUCUUCUGUUUCAAGUACCCAUAGGUCCCGACCUGUGGCUGAUCACUCCAGUCACAAUAGCCAUUUGUGUAUAAGCAACAUGACGUUGUAUGUGAGCUUAACAAAAGAUGCAUUUACAUUCAGAACUAAUGAAAGUACAAAUGACACAAACAGAAACUGUUAGGUUGAUGGGCAUUCAACAUGUGUCAUUGUGGUAUGCACUACAUUUUGUUCAUCAGCUCUCAUGAUGUACCUAACUCCCAUUGCUCCCACUGCAGUAGCAGUGAAUGAUCACUAAUAGGUUCAUGAAAUGAACAAACAAGAGAGUUUGUUCUUCACCUUUCACCUCCCAAGAAAAAUAGAAAUCCAUCUGAACUUCCAUGACGACAUACUGUCAUGCCUUUUUUGGACUAACUGAACUGCACUACAACCCUGGGCCAUUUAGCAUUGCUGAAUUAACUUCCUCUUAUUGGUAAACUGCAAUAUUAUGUUUUGCAUAAUACAUAUAGACAUUGUAACAUGUGCUUCACACAGUUGAGUACUGAUGCAACCUUGUGGAAUGACUCAAAAGAAGAACCACACAGACCAUAUCAAAUUCUGAAGUAUUCAGGUUUAACCGGUUUCAUUUUAAAACUAGUGUUGUACUACUUGUGUUCAUUUUGGUAGGACAAGCAACUACGUGCACAAAUCUGCAACUUGCUGACACCUGGUAGAUCUAACCUUUUAAUUGGUUAGCUAUAAUUUUUCUUAUAGAGCGCAACUGCUGGUCUGCCUUCUUAUGCCUGGCUCACACAGUUGCAUUUUCACGCGUUACGGAUGCGGCAUUUUUUUCAUGGCAACGAAGUACGAAUACGAAAGUACAUACGAGUAGCACACACACCGCAAAAGUUGGGCUCGACCGAACUCCAUCCCGUAUUUACAUCCGACUGCGCAGGUGUCCAGUGAGUGAAGGCACACUGGUGAGCGGAGAUAGAUAGACGUAAAAAGAGUGUAGGCAAGACUGGUCAAAUGCAGGCGUUUUUCAUAUCAAGAAUGCAUCUGCCUGAACGGUGUGUCGUACGACAAUCUCAUCCGCACUUGAUCUGCACCGUACCCAGAACGGAGAGAAGUGGCAGUGUGAACCGGGCAUUAAUCAUUACGAAAGCUCUCUAGUCAUCCCCAUACUUUUUCUCACUUCACUAUGCUGACCUGUUUUACACAACCUUUUUCCUUAUACUUGUGUUUUGGCAUUAUGGCAAAUGACUUACGCUUAGCACUGGACACCACAUGAAAUGCAUCUCAUCUUCUUUACACAUGUGCUAUGUUGUUUCAGGUGCUACUCACAGGCUCUCUGUUUGAUUUUGGAUAUACUAUCCUCAUUUAUUCCAUGAAACACUGAUGUACUUGUUAUAGAUCUGAGGCAGCUGUCAGGUAGUGCACAUGAACUUUAUUACUGCAUUCAAAAUAAAUCCUCUCCUUUUCAUGUGA